GCCAAUAAUAAGUUGGCAAUGCGGCUACAAAUGUCAUUCUAUUUCCAGUUUUCUUGUGUCAGCUAUUUUGUGUCAGCAAAAGAGGUUCUUCCGAUAAUCAUUUCAAGUUAUGUUCAUAUAUAAACUGGCGCUAAACUAUUGCGCAAUAUUGCUGCUUUGCGAGACAACUUAGGUUUUGACUACGCACAGCUGCGCUAACGAAUGUACACAAUUGUGUGGUAUCUAAAUCUAUUGGAAGGAAGCUUCGUCUGAAUUUGCGAUAGAAUAGGGUUCAUUAGUCAAAUAUUAUAUGCUGUAUUCUGUGCUCUAAGAACUGUUUGAAAAAAUAUCAACGAAUAUGACCGACCCCGAUAUUCCCAGUGUUCCAGUAACCACUUUGGCUUGUUUGACAAGUUUAUCGGACUUGCUAAGUGAACUUCCAGUACCAGACACACUGGCAAGUGUCACGUCGUUAAAUAAAUCUUUGCUAUUCCAUACACUAGUGGCCAAGGAAUCCAAUAAUUUGUUGUCCGUGCGGGACGAUAACCUCGUGAAGCAAUUGGUUCAUGCCAUCGAACAAACGAACUCUGAAAUAAUAGAACUUAAGCCCCAGUAUGCCAUUGAACAAUUCGGUACAAAUAUAAAUACUUACCCAGAGUUGCUUCAAGGCAUUUACAGCUACAGUCCCACUGUGUUUAAUACCAAUAAUGGUAAAAUAAAUCAACAGAAAAAUAAUAGACAACAAACGCAUCAGCAACAGCAGCAACAGUGGUACAAUGUAGUACACGGGCAAAGAGGCGGCAACGCAACGUUGCAAUCUGAGGAACUGCAACGUCUGCAACAGCAAAUGCCAUUGAAUGUAAAUAACGCGACUAUAACCAACAAUCCAUCAAGUGGGAGUUUUCCAACAAUGGAAAUGACUUCCAUGCAAAAUAACAAUUUCGAUGUCCAAACUCCUAUCAAUCAUAAGGUCCAACAUCCAAUAACGGACCUAAAGCAAACACUUUCUGGGGAACAGCAGAAAGCUGGCUUUGAAAAUGUAGCGUGUUUCCAGAAUACCAGUACUUUUUCGACACCGUUGAAUUCGACAUCGUAUGAAACAAAACCAAGUCAAAUCGAACAAAAAGCUAAUCCAGCGAUUCCGAACACAUUGCAACCAACUGUAAUUCACACCCAGAACUAUCAAAAUCCGAAUUCCGCAAUAAUGCCAGACAACCCUUCCACAGCAAUGCCGAUUGCCAAUGUCCAAUACCAAGCUAAUAAUGGUUAUACCCAACAGAAUGUCACUGUCCAAGCACCAGCCGUGCAAGCUCCAGCUGUCCAAGCAACAGUUAUCCAAGCAACGGUUGCCAAAGCGACAGCUGCCCGAGCCAUAGCUGCCCAAGGAAUGGCUGUUCAAGCACCAGUUGUCCAAGCAACAGCUGCCCAAGGACCAACUGCCCGAGGACCAACUGCCCGAGGAAUAGCUGCCCAAGAAACAACUGCCCGAGGAGUAGCUGCCCAAGCAACAGUUGUCCAAACAUCAGCUUCCCAAGGAACAGCUGCCCGAGCAAUAGCUGCCCAAGGAACAGUCGCCCAAGCAUUGGCUCUCCAAGCACCAGCUGUCAAAGCAACAACUGCCCAAGCACCAGUUGCUCAAGCACAUCCUGUCCAAGUUCCAGCUAUCCAAGCACCAGCCUCUCAAGCUCGACCUGCCCAAGCAUCAGCUGUCACAGCAACCGCUGUCAAAGCACCCUCUGUUACAGCACCCGCUGUUCAAGCUCGACCUCUCCAAGCGCCAGCUGUCCAAGCUCCAGAUGUCCAAGCACCAGCAGUCCAAACAUUAGCUGCUCCUGUAGCAGGUGAAGAAAAACAAAGUAGCGACCCGACUUUGGUACCUAUUAAGAAUGAAUUCACAAUGCCCGAUCCCAAGCCUAAUACCUGUGUGAGCAGUAAACCCAGCGAGAAAUCCAAUGUUCGGGUAUGUAUAAAUCGACUUAAAGAAAAGGAUGCAUCUCUCAUGCAACAAAGCAUAAAACAAUUUGUAAAGAAAUCACCAGAGUCUGCAAGAAAAUUUGGUUUGGUAACUCCAAAUAAAGUGGAGCCACCACCACCAACACCAACAUCGGAGUCGGGAGAUGCCCAAGCCCCACCUUCAACAGAUCAGAAAUUUAAAAAGUUAACUACGAAAGCAGCUGAAAACGACGAUGCGUUUACUUUAAUGAAAACGAACGAAAAACCACUCGCAAUGAAAAGAAAGCUAGCGCCUUCAGUUGACGAAGUUCCACCCGAGCAAAUACACUCUCAGCCGAAAUUACGUUGUGUUGAGCGCAUCGUUUCUAAACCAUCUGCGAAAUGUACGAAGGACGAAAUAUUGCGAUCACAAACCUAUCAACAAUUCAUGCGAAAUUUGGAGCAAAUCAUUGAAACGCUGGACGACACAGAAGUUCCGAAUUUCGAUACGGAUGAAGUAGACGAGAAUAUCGAAUGUAUAUCAUCUAGAAUGCUUAAUAUAAUGAGCAACGAUAUCGCCAAGUUAAAAGCAAAGUAUGUAUUAGAUGUUAUACCGAAAACUAAGUUGGCUCAACUGGUCAAUUACGCUAUGCGAAAUGUAUAUUUGGCCAAGAAUUAUUCGGCAAGCCCAGACGAUGAAGACGAUAUUAUGGACGACGAAAUAAUGGAAAAGAUUUUAAAUGGAAUCGAAGCUUGCCUCCUUAUUUGCAACAUUUAUUGUACUUCGAAAGAUAUUAAAUUUUUGCAAGAGGAUAACAUCACGCUAAUCAUAAAAUUUAUGCAUUUUCAAUUUCGUGAAACAAUCUUUCCAUCAUAUGAUCCCGUAUAUACAGUAAAAAGUAUGAAAAAGGCGGAUAAUCGUAAAAAAUCGAGAAUUUAUCAAAAUUAUAAUCGCAGCUUGCAGUUGCUGUACUCAAAAGCCACCGAGCUAAUGAAGGUCUUCGUUACACUCUUCGAUAGGUAUAUAUUUGUGGACACCAUCAUUUUGCCACUUUCCACCUUAUCGAUCGAACCGUUCUUUGUUGAUAACAUCGAAACCUUGCAAUUUGUGUGCCUGGAAUUAGUCACAACCCUAUUUCGAAAGGAGGAAUAUGUCAAAAUUCGCAGCAGUAUACUAGGUGAUAUAUUGACCUCCAUUGAUCGUUUGCCGUCUUCGAAGAAAAACCUCCGACCUUUCAAAUUAAUCAACAAUAGCGGCAACAUUCAAAUGGUCACCGCAUUAGUACUCCAACUAAUUCAGUGCGUUACUAUUUUACCCGAUGUUAUGAAUAGUAAUUCGCAUAACAAAAGAAAAUCAUUACCACAGUAUGGUGAACUGGCGAGUCAGGCAUCUAGUUUCUCCACACAAACCGAUCGUCAAAAUAUCGAUGUGAUUGUUUUGAAAAAAUACGAUGUUGCUAUAAGCAUAGGUGGCAAUUUUCUAACAACAUUUCUAAAUAAGUGCAAAUCUCGCUCCAAUGAAACUGAUUUCCGUCCAAUAUUUGAGAACUUUAUCUACGAUCUUCUGGCAACCGUAAACAAACCCGAAUGGCCGUCAUCCGAAUUAUUGCUUUCACUUUUGGGAACCAUGCUUGUACGUUAUGUUUCUGAUAAAUCUAUAGAACAAAGUAUACGCUUGGUUUCCUUGGAUUAUUUGGGCAUUGUGGCUGCGCGUUUGCGUAAGGAUGCCGUGGACUCUCGCUACAAAGUGAAUGUCAUAGACUCAAUGAUCAGAUAUAUUAAAGUGGAGCAAGAGAAAGAGGGAGAUCUGCCAUCUAGCAACAACAAAGUCGAACUAAAAGAGGACGAACGGGUGGAGUUUCUGCAAAAGAUCCUGUUAGAUUUCCUAGCCGCCAAUGCACACGUGGACAAUCCUAUUUGGGAUUAUGCUCGACACUUCUAUUUGACCCAGUGGUAUCGUGAUAUAAUUUAUCAGCGUCGUAAUAUCAAUGAGGGCGCAAAGCGCGAUACAUCACGAAAGAAGAGCUCACGUAAAAGGCGCACAAAUGCCGAUCUUUCCGGCAGUGAUUCAAAUGAUGACAGCGGUGAUGAUAUUAACUUCGUUAAUGUUGAUAGCCGGGUUGGCGGUGAUUGUACUAUGGGCGAUCAGGAGCUGAAUAUGGAACGAUUCAAUUUGCUUGAUAAACGCAAGCAAUGCUUAGUGAAUAAUAUAAAUCCAUAUUCAACACUGGGUGAUUCCAAUCACGCACAACAUAUUAAAACAUAUAUCGAUUAUAAUAAUGCACAUUUAAUAGCACAAUAUUUGGCCAGCAAAAGACCAUUUAGUAAGUCAUUUGAUGGCUACCUCAAAAAGAUCAUAUUGGUUGUAAAUGAGCCGUCGAUUGCUAUAAGAACGCGUGCGAUGAAAUGCUUAGCUAACAUUGUCGAAGUUGAUCCCAUGGUACUCAGACGCAAGGAUAUGCAAAUGGGCGUAAACCAAAAGUUUUUGGAUGCAGCGAUAUCUGUGCGUGAGGCGGCCGUCGAUUUGGUUGGCAAGUUCGUGCUGAGCAACGAAGAGCUAAUAGACCAGUAUUACGAUAUGUUAUCGACUAGAAUUUUGGACACUGGUGUGUCGGUGCGCAAGCGUGUAAUAAAAAUUCUUCGCGAUAUAUGCAUAGAGUAUCCGACGUUUCAGAAAAUUCCGGAAAUAUGUGUGAAAAUGAUAAGACGCGUCAACGACGAGGAAGGCAUACAAAAGCUGGUGACGGAGGUUUUCAUGAAAAUGUGGUUUACGCCGUUGCAUAAAAACGACAAAGAUGGCAUACAUUUGAAGAUAAAUCAGAUUAUAGACGUGGUUAAUAUAGCACACGACACAGGCACAGCUUGGUUGGAAGGGCUGUUAAAUAGCAUAUUUCAGCCCAAAGAAAGUAAUGCGAAGGGCGAUGAUAGUAUGAAAGACAAUUUGCAGAAGAAAACAGAGCCGCCGGCUGACAUUUUGUUGUCGUGUCAGCAGUUGGCAGACGGUCUGGUGGGGCGUUUGAUCGAGCUAGAGGACACCGACAAUACGCGUAUGUUGGGCUGCAUAACCACCCUGCAUUUAUUGGCGAAGGUACGUCCGCAACUGCUGGUGCAACACGCAAUCACUAUAGAGCCUUAUCUGAACAUCAAGUGUCACCCGACUACAGCACCAAAAUUUAUUUGCGCUGUGGCAGAUAUACUGGAAAAGGUUGUACCACUUGUUAAUAACGCUAGUGAGUCGUUUUUGGCUUCGCUGGAAGAGCAUUUGAUGUUACUGGUUGUUUCACUUAAUCAAGCUGUAGUAAAGAGCUGUGUCUCUUGCUUGGGUGCAAUUGUCAACAAAAUAACGAAGAACUAUGCGUUGAUAAAAGAUUGCUUUCAAAAGUUUUAUCGCAUUUUAGAUCAAACUAGAAGUCAAAUAUUGCAAAACAGACAGAUUAAUAAUUUAAGUGCAGCUAUUCGCCGCAGCCUCUUCACUAUUGGCAUACUAAUGCGUUAUUUCGAUUUCAAAUCGAAAGAGGUCAUAGGCGAGUCCAAUUGUUUGUCACCAACAAUAUGCAACGAUGUGUUUGAUUGUCUGAUGUUCUUUGCACAAUAUCAAAAUUACGAUAUACGCAAGGAAGCGCUGAUUGCCUUGGGCUCAUUUUGUGUGAUGAACGAUGACUAUCUGACGAAUACUAAGUUGAAGCGCUACUACUGCGACUUGCUGCUUUCAGAAACGAGUGAUGCUGGCAUUAAAAUUAUAUGUUUGCGCAACAUUUGGAUCUAUCUGACUGAGUCGGAAAUGCAUAUGUACAACAAAGAGAAGGAUUGGGACAAACAGUCGAAAACCGAAGAUCUUAAAGAAAUGAACGACGUGUCAUCGGGCAUGUCAAGUCGUAUCAUACAACUAUAUCUACAAGAAAUCUUCGAAUGUUUCCUAAACAGUGAUGAUAAUGUGCGACUGUGGGCUGUUAAAGUUAUACAGAUCGUGCUCCGGCAAGGCCUUGUACAUCCUGUUAAGACUGUGCCAUAUCUUAUAUGCUUAAGUACAGAUUCGAAACUCGAAUCCGCGCACAGAGCAGAUGCCUUGUUGAAAGACAUCGACAAGAUGUACAAUGGGUUUGUGAAUAUGAAAGCGCAGUUGGGACUACAGUUCAGCUUUAGAUUACAGCGCAUUUUGCAGCAGAAUGCCAAAGGCAAGGGUAGCAAAGUUAUUCGUGGCUAUGUUAAAAGAAACUUGGAUACAAUGCCAACGGCGCUGAAUGAUUUCUUAUACACACUUUUGCGUGCGGUUAAGACGCAGCGACGCGCGCUCGUUCAAACGAUCGUAAAGCAAUUUGAUGAUCAAAAAACUUCGCUGCAGCAAAUGUUAUAUGUAGCAGAUAAUUUGGCUUACUUCCCGUAUGCGGUGCAAGAUGAGCCACUCUAUUUGAUACAUCAGGUCGAUUUACUCAUUUCAAUUGUUGGUACUAAUUUGCUCACGACUUUCAAAGAAAAUCUUAAACCUAGCGUUAAUGUGGGGGAUGUUCUAGAGGACGAUGAUGAUGAAGAUGAUCCUGAAGUGUUAUUCAAGCGUCUGCCAGAAAAUGCAUUUGAAAUGCAAAAGUGUAUAAUGUCUUCACAAGCGUGUAUGCUGCUAUUAAUUCUAAAGGAUCAUCUAAAGCAUAUGUAUAGUCUAACAGAUAGUAAAAUAUCCAGGUACUCACCGUCGGAACCGAAGUUGUACGAGAAGGCAGUAGUUCGUAAAACCGUUCAAGAUUUUAACCCUAAAACAACAAUAGAUAUUAUUAAGAAACAACAGGAAACGAUGUUAGCUUCCGAUGUUGCAAACAGUAAAAUCAAUUUAAAUGACGACGAAAGAAUGGAUCUGGUUAUAAAAUAUUUAGACUUUAAAAAACUCAUGCUUAAACUGGAUCCCGACGAUGAGGAUUCAGAUGACGAGAGUCGCAAUAAAUCGAAACUCAAUACAACAGCUAAUACGUCACAGCUGAACUCGAGUUCAGCGAGUGCAAAUAAGUCUACAGAUGACAGCUGUUUAGAUGUGGAUAAAUCGAUGAAUCGGGAGAAUUUGACUUAAUUAAGAUUUGUGACUAUAGUAAGAUGAUGAGUAAUAUAAUGAAAAUAUAUAUAAUCAUGUACAAACAUACUUUCAUAAAUAAACAAAAAAAAAAUUCAAA